GAUACAGGAUGCGGAUGGAUGUUUCUUUGAGAAUUUCACUGCGUUGUCAUGGAAACAAGAAAACAGAAAGCUACAAGCGGAGAGAGAGGACGAAGCUGAAAAAGAUCAACCUCUCCCCAUUGAAGCAGAUGUUGGAAUUACUCCACUAGAGUUUAAGAUUGCCAAAAAAGAGUUUGAGCAGCUUUACGUAGAGGUUUUAUAUACCAUCAAGCACAAACUUGGAGCAAGCAGUGGGAAUUAUGAUGCCUAUGCUGGCGACCUCUAUGAUUAUGCCCAAGAAGCUUUCGGAAUGUCUUCCGAUAAUCAUCGGCGGCUGCUUGCAGUUGCUCAAGAAGAAAAGCCACCUAUACCAGUUUUGAACGUGGUUGUUGUGGAAGCUAUAGACCUAGAAGCUAAAGACUCAGACGUUUGUAUUCUCUGGAGACUACCUUCAUCUUGUUUAGAAGCUGUUGGAAUAUGGAGACUACUUUCACCUUGUUUAGAAGCUUUUCGAGUCUGGAGAAUACCUCCAUCUUAUUUAGAAGCUGUUGGAAUUUGGAAACUACCUCCACCUUAUUUAGAAGCUGCUGGAGUUUGGAGACUACCUUUACCUUAG